UCGUAAAAGGCCUAUAUAAAUGACCUAAUGCGACUCUACGUUUUUCCCAUCAUUCUCGGUUUUAACUCUGAGACACAUAAUAAACAAAGAGAGAGAUUGACAUAGACAAUAAUGGGUGGGUGGGCAAUCGCAGUACACGGUGGUGCCGGUGUCGAUCCUAAUCUUCCGGCUGAGAGACAAGAAGAUGCCAAACAGCUUUUGACCCGAUGUCUUAACCUCGGCAUAGUAGCUUUGCGUUCUAAUGUCUCUGCCAUUGAUGUCGUUGAGCUCGUCAUUAGAGAACUGGAGACGGAUCCUCUGUUUAACUCAGGCCGUGGAUCUGCUUUGACAGAGAAAGGAACGGUGGAGAUGGAAGCUAGCAUUAUGGACGGUACGAAGAGACGAUGCGGUGCCGUUUCGGGGAUCACCACCGUGAAGAAUCCUAUAUCUCUUGCUCGUCUCGUCAUGGACAAAUCUCCCCACUCUUACCUUGCUUUCUCAGGUGCUGAGGAUUUCGCUCGUAAACAGGGAGUUGAAAUUGUGGACAACGACUACUUCGUCACGGACGACAACGUAGGAAUGCUCAAGUUGGCCAAGGAAGCUAACUCCAUCUUGUUUGAUUACCGUAUUCCGCCCAUGGGAUGCGCCGGUGCAGCUGCAACCGACAGUCCUAUCCAAAUGAACGGUCUUCCAAUCAGCAUUUACGCCCCGGAGACAGUCGGGUGCGUCGUGGUAGACGGGGAAGGACGGUGUGCGGCUGGGACAUCAACCGGGGGUCUGAUGAACAAGAUGAUGGGGAGGAUUGGUGACUCGCCGCUUAUAGGAGCAGGGACGUACGCGUCGGAGCUCUGUGGUGUGUCAUGUACAGGAGAAGGAGAAGCCAUCAUAAGAGCUACGCUAGCUCGUGAUGUGUCGGCUGUUAUGGAGUACAAAGGACUUAACCUCCAAGAAGCUGUUGAUUACGUCAUCAAGCAUCGAUUAGACGAAGGGUUUGCUGGACUCAUCGCUGUGUCAAAUAAAGGAGAGGUGGUUUGUGGUUUUAAUUCCAAUGGGAUGUUCAGGGGAUGUGCUACAGAGGAUGGAUUCAUGGAGGUUGCUAUUUGGGAGUGAGAUAUUCUUAGACUAAGAAAAUGUAUUAGUAUUUGAUUAGUGUGCUAUUAAUCAGUCAUCGCUCUAUUUAAUUUGGUUAUUCAUUAUAAUAAAAAAUCUGGAGUAGUAAAUUUAGGCAUUUUGUUACCUCCAGUCCUAUAGUAUAUUGUAUUCAUUCUGGUUUCAAUUUGUUAGUUCGUGUUUAAAA